AUGCGUACGUCUCCCCGGUUCACCCUGCGCAUCCCAGGACUGAUCUGUCACAGAGCCUACUCAGCCCACGAGUUUUCCUCCCUCUCGAACAAAGUCCACACGACUGCAUCAUUACCUCUUGACAUCCAAAUAGAGACGAUUGCAGCUGUCUUCUUGUCUUGCUUUGGACUCGUUCUGGGGUCGCAAUCAUUGAAGCCGAUCAGCUGGAGCACAUGGGCUGGAAAGAUCGAGCGGGAGGGGCAGGUGAAUCCAUUCCAGUCGCUUGAGAAUAGAGCUGGAUUCAUGGACAUUCGGGCAAAGCGAAAAGAGUUCGCAGAAUGGGUGAAAACCCAGGACCAAAGAUGA